CAACAGAUACUUCGUGAAAGAUUUUGUCAUCUAAGUCCAAGUGCAAAGUUGUUUGGAAUGGAGCUGCAGUACAAGCAUUUAGCUGAGCUGUUAAAACGUACUGCUGUCCAUGGUGAAAGCAACUCUGCACUUAUUAUUGGACCUCGAGGCUCAGGAAAAACUCAGUUGAUGUGUCACGUCUUAAAAAAACUCAUGGAAGUAAAGCAAGUGAGGGAAAACUUCUUACAGGUUCAUUUAAAUGGGCUACUACAGACCAAUGAUAAGAUUGCCCUCAAGGAGAUUACAAGACAGCUAAAUCUGGAAAAUGUGGUUGGAGAUAAAGUUUUUGGUAGUUUUGCAGAAAAUCUUGCAUUUCUUCUUGAAGCAUUGAAGAGAGGUGACCGUGCCAACAGUUGUCCGGUGCUAUUUGUUCUGGAGGAAUUUGAUCUUUUUGUUUAUCAUAAGAACCAGACUUUACUGUAUAAUCUCUUUGAUGUAUCCCAAUCUGCACAGACGCCUAUAGCUGUUAUUGGUCUCACUUGUAGACUGGAUAUUCUAGAACUCCUGGAAAAGAGAGUGAAGUCAAGAUUUUCCCACCGACAGAUAUAUUUGAUUAAUUCUUUUGAUUUUAAAAAAUACAUUACUAUUUGUAAAGAACAGCUAUCUUUACCGUCAGAAUUUCCAGAAAAAAACUUUGCUCAGAAAUGGAAUAAGAACGUACAGUCUCUCUUCGAAGACCAAACCGUGCAAGAUGUACUGCAAAAUCAAUUCCAUUAUAGCAAAGAUCUACGAUCUCUCUACAUGCUGUUGAUGCUUGCUUUAAGUAGCGUGACUGUAUCCCACCCAUACAUCAGCGCAUCUGACAUUCUUGAAGCAAGCAAACUGUGUAGAGUAGACUCGAAAGCAAACAUUGUACAUGGUCUGUCUGUGCUGGAAUUCUGCCUCAUAAUAGCUAUGAAACACUUAAAUGACAUUUAUGAAGGAGAGCCUUUCAACUUUCAGAUGGUUUAUAAUGAGUAUCAGAAGUUUGUUCAGAGGAAGGCACAUACUGUCUACAGCUUCGAGAAACCUGUGGUUAUGAAGGCUUUUGAACAUUUGCAGCAGCUUGAGUUAAUAAAGCCUGUGGAACGGCUUUCUCUAUGUGCACAGAAAGAAUACUUGCUCAUGAAACUACUUUUGGACAACAAUCAAAUAAUGGAUGCUGUGCAGGUCUACCCAAACUGCCCAACUGAUGUCAAACAAUGGGCUACAUUUUCACUAAACUGAAGCAUGAACAUCCUGCGGAAAGAGGCACAGUUGCUACUAAUAGGGCUCCAAAUCAUUACUGCCAGUGAAAAAAUAACCCAGCAGUUACUUCAGCUGCAGAAGGUGUUUUGUUAAAAGAAGAGUAAUGUCUGUUUUUUGAUUUUGGUUUUUUGGUUUCCAAGAAGCCAAAUGAAUGCCAGUCUCAGAUUUGGUCUUCAUGUUACACUAGGCUGUAGGUUGGCAAUUAGUGAAGUGUUAACUGGCUUUUUAUGUAAAUUGUUCAAAAAUCACCACUCCAGAGUUUUAUGUGACUUGAGCUGAUGGGAUGCAAAGUCUGCUUGGACAGCAGUUGCCAAGCUGUACUUCAGAUUUUUAAAGGCUGACUGUCCCACUUAAAAAUCCAGCUGAGUACCAUAGGACUGCUGAAUAUCCUGUACUGUCUAUAGUACUUUCCUGUUUUUUUAUGCUGUACUACCCUGUCUUUUCUCUGGUGUAUCCUACAGGGAAAGCCUUUCUUGCACUGUAGCUAACAAUGCAGUUUAGGCUCAUGUUUGAGAUACCUGCGUAACGCCUGAACCAGAACUCUUCAGUUACUUUACGAUUGGCUGCUGCUAUUCAUAAACUUUUUAAAAAAAUACCAAUUUCUACUGUAGUUUCUCUUCUUUGGAGGAAGUAUAGCGACACACCAUGAGGCAUCCUAGGCAAUCAUUGGGGAUUUUUUUUCUAACCUGAGUUGGAUAAAAUUGAGUAAAGCUAUACAAAUCCUUUUAAUUACUUUGCCCAAAUGUGUUUCUUUGCAGUACACUUCCCUGUCUUUCCCUCUUAUGACUAGUGUUUUGAAAACGUACUUCCAAACCGUCUACCUUAAUCUUGUGUGCAUCUGUAAUAAAAAGGUUCACUUGUUCUGUAUGAUUGUGAAUUAUUUAGAGCUGGAAGGUUUCUCUUACCAUUGUAUUUGGAGAAGGAAGGGUUUUUAGUAGGAGACUUACGGAGAAUAGAGAAUAACGGGCCCUACCCUACUUUGCCUUCAAAUGUUUAACUUAAACAGGCACUACUGUAAUUAGCCUACCUUUUCCAGCCCAUUUUCCAUUGUGGUAAUUGUUUCUUUACAGUUAACGUUGCCAUCCGAUGUUGUUUAGUCUUUGUAUUUUAUAUCAGCUUGGACACUCAGUGCUGAUUUUUGAUUGGAGAAGGGGGCCGCUGAAUUCAAAUGACAUAUCAAAACAGGAUUUGUUCUGUUGGCCAUUUUAAGUCACAGUUGCAGUCUCUCAACCAUAACUUGAGCAUUAUUCUGCUCUGGUACACAUACCUUGAGUUGUGCUUUGUACAUUGUUGGAGAGAACCAACUACUGACCCACCGCCUUGCAGCGGCUCUCCC